GCCAGAAAGUCACAAACCUUACCUGGAACAGAUAAGAAAUAUGUAGCAAAAAAAAGACAUUCUGAAAAUCUGGACAGUUGAGAGGGAUGUCUGGUACAAAACAAAAGUAAUAUAUAAGGCGGUCUAGUCACACAGAAAUAAUAAUGGUGAGCAAGCAGCAAGAAGUAAUUUGUAGGAUCACAUUUUAAUACAUAAGUGGUGUAAAGCAGGCAGCAAGAAGUCAUUUGUAGGAUCCCAUUUUAAUGCAUAACGGGUAAAAUGACACAGUUGGCACUGGGCUUCAAAAUCAUAGCAGAAUGUCAGACAGAGGAGUACCUUCAUACUAAAACGUUUUCAUAUACUAUAUUAGGACUGAUAUAAUUAAUGUUAGUCUUUGUAUAUCGGCUUAGUUAAUUUCUAAUAAUAUGUGCUACCUUAAAUGUGUUGAAAGUUGUGAAGAGCAUCAGUAAAUCUAGGAUCAGCAAGCCUAAAUCUGAGGGCAAACAUCUUAAUACGAAGCAUAAAAUCGUAACAGUUGAGAGGUAUAACACUGGGAACCUCCUUGACUGUAAUAUUGAUUUCUUAAAUAUGCUGAACCACUGUCUACGGAGGUACCAGUGCUCCCGGAUGAGCUUCUGUUUCAAUUUAGUUUACUCAAUUAGUAUUUGUUAAUAUGAUCAAGCCUUCGCAACUGAAAUAAACAACAGCCAGCUUUUUUCUCUUGACGUGUAGAAUUUUGAGAACACAACUAGGGCUUUCGGUCCCUUUUUACGUUACACAUCCGUUUUUGAUAAGCAAAGCAAUCCAUAUCCGUACUAACAGCAAUGAAAGUAGUUUGCUGGUUUCGUAAUUUGUUUAUAUUUCGUGUUCUUAGACUGAGUUCUUCUAAGUCUCGACUUGUGUUAAAGAAAAAUAAUAACUUUCCCCCAUUUGUGUUUUUAUCGGUUGGCACGAAUGUUGUCAUUUAACAUCAAAUUUGUUUUAAACUGUGAUGCUACUAGCUGGUGUGUGUGUGUGUGGGGUUGAUAACCACUUUUCUUGUGUGCAUAGUUAAGUAUCCCAAAACGAUGCACUCAUUUUAGUUUCCACUCAUUACAAGAGUUUUUGAAAGACAUAUAUGUAGGCACGUAAAUAUGUUUCAAAAUAUGCACGAGUUGUGGUUAUUUUAUGAAGAAGCACAUAGAAUUAUUGACGGAAUUUUAUUAAUGUUUGUAACACGUGCGAAAUAGGCUUGGGUUUAGUGUUCUUGUUUUGAAACUGUACUUUUAAAUAUAUAAUUGCAAUUAUUUAAGUGUAUUAAUGUUGUCCAACUUCCCCUCUGUCGUAACAGCAAAGGGUCCUACGUGUCGGUUCUUGUACCUAAUUCCAAAUAAAUGACGAGGCUUGCCUACAGGUUGGGAAAAUACAUUUAGGUAUGGUAGGAGAGAGAGUACGUAUUACUUACUAACCGCAAAACGCGUGGUUUCAAAAACUGAAUAGCUGUUGGAAUAGUUCUAGUUUGCUUUUGUUUGGUCAUAUUAAGCGGAAGGAUGACAGAGUGUCCAGAUCUUCAGUUUAUCAGCCCCUUUGCGUUUGAAGCAAUGCAGAAGGUGGAUGUUAUGCGCUUGUCUGCUCUAAGUGACCCUGAAUUGAGACUAUUGCUGCCCUGUCUUGUUAGAAUGGCACUCUGCGCUCCUGCUGAUCAAAGCCAGACCUGGGCUCAAGACAAGAAAAUGAUUCUUCGCCUACUCUCUGGAAUAGAAGCUGUAAACUCAAUUGUGGCUUUACUAUCCGUGGAUUUUCAUGCUUUGGAGCAAGAUGCUAAAAAGGAGCAGCAGCUCAGACAUAAGCUUGGUGGUUCUACUGGAGAAAGUAUUCUGGUGUCACAGCUGCAGCAUGGCCUAACCCUUGAGUUUGAACAUAGUGAUUCCCCUCGGCGUCUGCGCCUUGUGCUGAGUGAAUUGCUAGCUGUAAUGAACAAGGUAGCCGAUUCAAAUGGGGAGUUCUUUGUUAAAUCUUCAGAGCUUUUUGAGAGUCCUGUUUACUUGGAAGAAGCUGCAGAUGUGCUGUGUAUUUUACAAGCAGAGCUGCCAUCGUUGUUACCCAUUGUUGAUGUGGCAGAGGCCUUACUUCAUGUUCGAAAUGGUGCCUGGUUUAUGUGUCUGCUAGUGGCUAAUGUUCCAGACAGCUUUAAUGAAGUUUGUAGGGGGUUAAUAAAGAAUGGUGAACGUCAGGAUGAGGAGAGCCCUGGAGGACGUAGCAGAACUCAGGCACUUCGACAGCUGUGCAAAAUGAACCCUGCUCAGUCUCUUAAAGUGCGAGCUAUGGUGGUAGAGGAAUGUCGCCUUCCAGGUCUUGGAGUGGGUUUGACACUGGACCACACUAUCAAUAAUGUCUCUGAAGAUAGCGUCAGUGACUUGGUAUCAUUUAUUAGUGGUUUAUUGCUAGGAACUAAUGCUAAAGUACGGACCUGGUUUGGUAUGUUUAUCCGAAAUGGACAACAGCGCAAACGAGAAAGUAUUGGAUCUGUACUCUGGCAGAUGAGAAGACAGCUGCUUCUGGAACUUGUAGCCAUUCUUCCAACUGUCCGAAGUAUCCAUGUCAGAGAGGAGGAUGACCCAGAGCUUGAAUCCACUGUGUCUGUUUACACUGGACUAAAGGAAGAACAUGUUGUGAAAGCUAGCGCACUGUUGCGAUUGUACUGUGCACUUAUGGGGAUUGCCGGAUUGAAGCCCACAGAUGAAGAAGCUCAGCAACUCUUGCAGCUGAUGACCAGUCGUCCUCCAGCAACUGCUGCUGGUGUCCGCUUUGUAUCUCUUUCCUUUUGCAUGUUGUUGGCCUUCCCAACCCUUGUCAGUACAUCUGAACAAGAACAACUGAUGAUAAUGUGGUUGAGCUGGAUGAUAAAAGAAGAAGCAUACUUUGAAAGUGCUGCUGGAGUCUCAGCUUCCUUUGGAGAGAUGCUGUUAUUGGUAGCCAUGUAUUUCCAUAGCAACCAGCUGAGUGCUAUCAUUGAUUUAGUCUGCUCAACUCUGGGAAUGAAGAUUGUCAUCAAACCCAGCUCCUUGAGUAGAAUGAAGACAAUCUUCACACAAGAGAUUUUCACAGAACAGGUGGUUACAGCUCAUGCAGUGCGAGUCCCUGUCACCAGCAACUUGACUGCUAAUAUUACAGGCUUUCUUCCCAUCCACUGUAUUUACCAGCUGUUAAGGAGUCGGGCAUUUACCAAGCAUAAAGUCUCCAUCAAGGACUGGAUUUACAGACAGCUGUGUGAAACAGGAACUCCGCUUCAUCCUCAGCUGCUACCCCUAAUUGAUGUGUACAUUAACUCUAUUCUUACUCCAGCUUCUAAAGCUAGCCCUGAAGCCACAAACCAGCCAGUCACAGAGCAAGAGAUUCUCAAUGUGUUCCAAGGACUUACUGGGGGAGAAUGCAGUCGUCCUAGACAGCGCUACAGUAUUACCGCACAACUUCUUGUUCUUUAUUAUAUUCUGUCUUAUGAGGAGGCACUGUUGGCAAAUACAAAGUCACUAGCGGCCAUGCAGAAAAAACCCAAGUCAUACUCUGCUGCAUUAAUGGAUCAGAUUCCAAUCAAGUAUAUGAUCUUCCAGGCACAGUGUUUGCAGCAAGAACUGGGAGGUCUUCAUUCAGCACUGCUGCGCCUUCUUGCUACAAAUUAUCCUCAUUUAUGUGUUGUGGAAGAUUGGAUAAGUGAGGAGGAAAUUACUGGGACUGACACUUUGCUGCAGAAAAUGCUACUCACCAGUACUGCCAAGAACCACUCCCCCAGACAACUCCAGGAAGCUUUCAGAACUGUAGCAGGCAGCCACACACAGCUGAUACAGAUUUUGGAGCACCUGACACUUUUGCCACCUAGUGAGCUUAUCCCAUAUGCAGAAGUACUGACUUCCAACAUGACUAAACUGCUGAACCCUGGUAUUCCUCGACGCAUCCUGCAAACUGUCAACAAACUAUGGAUGGCUCUUAACAGAGUUAUGCCUAGAAGGCUGUGGGUCAUGACUGUCAAUGCACUGCAGUCUUCAGUAUACAACACCCGGAUGCAAAGAUACACCCAAAACGACUUAAUGAUUGAUCCUCUCAUCGUACUAAGAUGCGACCAAAGAGUGUACAGGUGUCCCCCACUAAUGGAUAUUAUACUACAUAUGCUUAAUGGGUACCUCUUGGCUUCUAAAGCAUACCUCAGUGCUCAUCUUAAGGAGACAGCAGAAUUGGACAAACAGUUUUUAAGCAACUCUGCCACAGCCCAAACAGAUACACCAGAAGUGACUAGAGAAGAACUGAAGAAUGCUUUACUGGCUGCUCAGGAUAGUGCAGCUGUACAGAUUCUUUUGGAAAUCUGCUUACCCACAGAACAGGAGAAGGCACAGGGCCCUCGCCCUGAGAGUCUGCUGAAAAGCCUUCAGAGUGGAGCUCCCCGAUGUCCAUCUGAGUAUACAGAGCAGCAAGAAGACGGCCUUUUAUGUAACCUACGAGAAGUACAGUGCCUUAUAUGUAGUUUAUUACAUCAGAUGUUCAUUGCAGACCCCAACAUUGCCAAGCUGGUUCAUUUUCAGGGUUACCCAUAUGAACUUCUGCCGUUGACAGUAGCUGGGAUCCCAUCAAUGCACAUCUGCUUGGAUUUUAUUCCUGAACUUCUAGCACAGCCAGAGCUUGAGAAACAGAUAUUCGCUGUCCAGCUUCUCUCAUAUUUAUGUAUCCAGUAUGCCUUGCCAAAGUCACUCAGUGUUGCCCGAUUAGCAAUCAAUGUUAUGGGUACGAUGCUGACAGUUCUCACCCGAGCCAAGCGAUUUGCUUUCUUCAUGCCUGCCUUGCCUUGUCUAGUGUCAUUUUGCCAGGCUUUCCCACCUUUGUAUGAUGAUGUACUGUCACUUCUAAUACAAGUUGGACAGGUUUGUGCCUCAGAUGUUGCUACACAGAUGAGAGAUAUUGAUCCUAUUCUUUCACGUCUUCAGAUUCUGAAAGAAAAGCAAAGUGGUCAGCUUGGGCCAACUAAAUAUAGCCUUUCUCAGAAAAGUGUGCCAGCAGAAUUUGAAAGUAUGGACCCAGAUGUGCAGUUAUGCCACCGUGUAGAAGCCACCUUCGUUGAAAUAAUAAAUAUGAGCUUAACUUGAUUGUAGCCAUGCAUAGCCAGGCGUAAAGCAGGAUGUGGCAGUCUUUUUAUGUAAUAUGAAUGUUUAAUUUGCCUGGAAAUAGCAGACGUCUGUUUAAGAAACAUUUCCCUUCCAGGUUGGCAUGAACUUGGAGAACUAGAAAGACACCACUGAGAGUAGAAACAUUAUUACUCUUUCCCAGUAUUCAAGUUUUUUGAAAGAAUUUUGCACUGGGGCAUAUAUAUAUAUAUAUAUAUAUAUAUAUAUAUAUAUAUAUAUAUAUAGUUUUAUCAAAAAAUAGCUCAGUACAUAAAGUCAGUUAAUAGAAGAGGGGGUGGUUGGUGACUGGAGCAAAUAAAAAUAUGCAGUAUUUGAGGUUUCUUUAAAUGUGAAGAAAUUUCCUGUUACAAAGUUAAAAUGUAAAGCAUUAUUAAUGUUAGUUUGUAUAUAUGUUCAUUCUGGAGCUCACCUCUAGCCUUCAUGGCCUCAAAACAGCCCCUUCUUAGGUUUUAACUAGUCACACAUCUUUUACAUGUAAGGCAUCUUUAGCAGUGGAUAAGGACUGAUCAUUAUGCUGAAACACCAUUGCUUACAUUAUAUUCCAUUAUCACUCAUUGCUAAAAGAUUUUGCCUGCAUUAGCAUUGCCUCCUCAUAGCAAGAGGUUCUCCGGUUCGAUCCUCGGCUGGGGUGCCUUCUGUGCAGUCUGCAUGUCCUCCCUGUGGUCGCAUGGGUUUCCUCCACGUGCUCUGGUUUCCUCUCACAUCCC